AUGCCUCAACCACACAAUUCACACGCCAACGAGGACUCGACCGAUUCUGACUCCACUGACUCAGAUGAAGAUCUCGUGGAGAUACGCGCUGCUAUUGCGCCUGCUAGAGAUGGUGCAACUAUUCAGGAAGUCCGACAGGCGCUUGAAAUGGCACAGAAUCUGCUGCUGAAUAUGCGUGGCAAAUGUCGAGAACUAUUGAAACGAAACGCCCUUCUCGAAGCUACUACAGCCAAAGGACGACGGGGGAAAAACUUGACUGCCAAGGAUCUUGCACUCUCUGCCAAAGAAGACACUAUACGGGCUCACGGGCGUAAAUAUUCUAUGACGCACUGUCUAUGGAUUAACGCCGGGAUUUUUCCUCUCGAGUGUUGGCUGUCGCCACAGUCAAUAGAGGACGGCGUAAAGGCUGAGUUAUUCAAGUUCAUCCCAGAAAUUGAUCAUGAGUUGAUGGGCUACAAGAACUUUGCACCGCAUUUUGCAAAGGGUGUCAGCGGCAUUCGCUCAGAGAUGGUUUCAGACGUCAAGUCUUGCGCAGGUGCUAUUUUCGGAUUGAAAUCUGAAUUUUUUGUCCGAGGCUACCCUCGCGAUACCCAGCCAGAGUGCCGAACUUUGCUUGUAAAUCCCCACGGCGAAUACACAAAGUUUGCGCCGGUACUCUUUCUUCAUCCAGAGCGUCCCAACAAAGACGAGUUCCUCAAAACGGCUAAGCUUGUUCGGGUCUUAAAGGUAGCACUUUUCGGGAAAUCCUCCCUCUCCGCCACCUACACUCCAGCCCCGAAGACCAAGGGCAAACUUUGGCAAUUACGGAAUACAACUCCAGGUAUGAUUGCUGCUGCUGCUGUUGUUGCAAUAUUUGUUCUUUCAGGUGACAAGGAUCUGUAUGCGAAAGGCGAAAAAAGCAACAUACUGUACCAACAAUAUCACAACUAUUAUCGCCAACGUCUAAUGACUGGAGGUGCCUGGGCGCGAGACAUCACAAACUUUUUCAACAACGCCCUCUUUCCUGAAACCUCAUCCUCACACGCCGCUCUGGAUGUGGCAGAUACCGGCACCUCCUACAACAGCUGGGAAGAGGAACUCGAGCGCGCUAUGGAAGAGGGAGGUGAAGGGCCUGCUUUUCCAUUUGAUACUGCCAUCAUUGCACCUCAGGAUAUUGCGCAAUCUUCCUCUGCUGCGUACCCACCAUCUGCCUCUGCUGCGCACCCGCCAUCUGCCUUGGUCGCAUGCCCAUCUGCCUCGGUCGCACUACCAGCAUCUACUCCUGUCACCACCCCUGACACACUGCCACCUGUCUCUGCGACAGCUCCCGUCAUCUUGCACUCGCCUACUCCUAUCAUUGGGGCACAAACUCACUCCAUUUCUUCGGCAAUGCAAGAUCUUGCGUUGGCAGACGAGGCUAUUGCGGUUGGUGCUAUCCCUCCAAAGCCCAAACCAAAGCCAAGGCGGUCCAGGACGAAACAGGUGCUGAGACUGGACCAUCCACCAACAAACAACAGUCUAAGCAGCAGCGCAGUCUACUGUCUUAAAGAUCUACACCCUCUCGUUGCUGUUGCCGUUACUCCCAGCUGCCCUCAAUCAUUUCUGGCGCUGGUGCACUCCAUCAUCAUUAUAUCUUCCUAUCCGCUCUCCUGCUAUGUCUACCAUACCAUAAACAACUAGUCUAUUAGUAAAAACCAUUCUGUAUUUUGAACCACCCGCAAUUCAAUUCUGAGAGUUUCAAUGUGA